UGACGGCCCUAGGCGGCCUCCGCUGCGCUCUACGCGGCGUGCGCCCCCUUCCGCCUGACGCGCCCCCGGACGCGGCCGCGCAGCCCUGGCUCCUCGCGGGCUCGGGCGGCGGCUGCGACGGGGCUAUGGCGAGCGGCGGUGGCGGUGGUAACACCGGCGCAGGUGGGGGACCGGGGGUAGGCCUGAGCCUCGGCCUGGGCCUGGGUCUGAGCCUAGGCAUGGGGGAGGCCACCGGCGAGGCGGAGGAGGAGGCGGCCACGGCCGAGGCGGUGGGACGCCUGGCCACGACGCUGUGGCUGCGGCUCCGCGGCUGGGAGGCGGUGCUGGCAGCAGCGCAGCGGCUGCUGGUGUGGGAGAAACCGCUGCACAGCCUGGUCACGGCGGCCGCGCUCAACGGCCUCUUCUGGUUGCUCUCUUCGUCGUCCCUCCGGCCCUUCUUCCUGCUCAGCGUCUCACUUUUGGCCUAUUUUUUGCUGGAUCUCUGGCAGCCUCGCUUCUUCCCUGACAUCUCAGCAUCAUCCCCAGAGGAGCCCCACUCUGACAGUGAGGGUGCGGGGUCAGGCGCCCGGCCGCACCUGCUGAGUGUGCCCGAGUUGUGCAGAUACCUGGCUGAGAGCUGGCUCACCUUCCAGAUUCACCUGCAGGAGCUGCUGCAGUACAAGAGGCAGAAUCCGGCUCAGUUCUGCGCUCGAGUUUGUUCUGGCUGCGCUGUGCUGGCCGUGCUGGGACACUACGUUCCGGGGAUUAUGAUUUCCUACAUCGUCUUGCUGAGCAUCCUGUUGUGGCCCCUGGUGGUUUAUCAUGAACUGAUCCAGAGGAUGUACACUCGCCUCGAGCCCCUGCUCAUGCAGCUGGACUACAGCAUGAAGGCAGAAGCUGACGCCCUGCAUCACAAACAUGACAAGAAGAAGCGGCAGGGGAAGAACGCACCCCCUGGAGGCGAUGAGCCACUGGCGGAGACAGAGAGUGAAAGCGAAGCGGAGCUGGCUGGCUUCUCCCCGGUGGUGGAUGUAAAGAAAACGGCAUUGGCUUUGGCCAUAACAGAUUCCGAGCUGUCAGAUGAGGAGGCUUCUAUCUUGGAGAGUGGGGGCUUCUCUGUAUCCCGGGCCACAACUCCGCAGCUAACUGAUGUCUCAGAGGAUUUGGACCAGCAGAGCCUGCCGAGUGAGCCAGAGGAGGCCCUGAGCCGGGAGUUGGGCGAGGGAGAGGAGACAGAGCCGGUCCCUCCUGAAGACCUGCUGGGCCCUCCUCAGGCCCUCUCAAGGCAAGCCCUGGACUCGGAAGAAGAGGAGGAGGACGUGGUGGCCAAGGAGACCUUGCUUCGGCUCUCGUCUCCCCUUCACUUUGUGAACACGCACUUCAACGGGGCAGGCUCUCCCACGGAUGGAGUGAAGCUCCCCCCUGGAGGACCAGUGGAGACACUGAGCCCCGAGACAGGGAGUGAUGACCUCACCCCUCCACCGAGCACCCUGUCACCCCUACUUUGCCUGGCUGAAAGUGACCCGGUCCCCUCCCCCUCAGUGCUCCCACCUCUUCCCCAGGACUCGCCCCAGCCCCUGCCUGUCCCUGAGGAAGAAGAGGCACUUACCACUGAGGACUUCGAAUUACUGGAUCAGGGGGAGCUGGAACAGCUGAAUGCUGAGCUGGAGUUGGGGCUAGAGACCUCCUUAGAGCCCCCUGAUGCCCCGCCCCCUCCAUCCCUAGAGUCUGACACCCUCUCUCUGGUACAGUCAGACCAAGAGGCUCAGGCCGUGGCAGAGCCAUGAGCCACGGGGGAAGGAGUCGCAGGCACAGUAGGGCUUCCUGGCUAGGGGCAUCACUGUUUCCUCUUUUCCCUGCUCUCGGGAGGGGUCAUACGUGGGGAAGCUGGCUACCAGAUGGUAGCCGGUCCCCCUCUGCCUGCCUGCCUGCUGUCCCAGGCCUGGUAACAGUGCCCAUGCCUGGGAUUGGUUUUAAGUUUGUAAAUAAUUUUACACUUGGGUUAGUGGAUGUGAACAGGGCUAGGGAAGUCCUUCCUACAGCCUGCCCUUGCCUCCCUGCCUCAUCUCCAGUCUCAUUCUACUAUGCCUCGAGCCCUGGUGCUCGUUCCCUUUCUUUGUCCUCCUAUCCUCAGGGACCUGUGCUGCUCUGUCCUCGUGUCCCACUGGUUGUUUAGUUUGGGCACUUUAUCAUUUUUCUUUCCUGUCCCAUGUUCCUCUCUGCUUUACAUCCUCACCUGCAUCAUGUCUUUAGCCACUCAGUCCCCACUCCGUGCCAGCUUCUGCCCAGCAGGCCGUGGCUGAGCUUCGGGGAGGCUCCUGCCUGGGGGGUACAGACUGACCCUGGGCUGGCGGGUCAGGCCGGCGGGCAGGCGCUCCCAUCACGAUAGCCCGCGUUGACCGCCACCGCACCCUCGCCCUAGUUCAUCCCAGCCUUUCGUGAUGAGGGAGGAGAGCGAGCGCCCCACAGCCUGUGCACCGGCGAUGCAUUAGUGAGCGGGAGCCAUGGCUCUGGGCUGUGAAUGGUCUGAGUGUGGUGGGGACCCCCCACACCCCCCUGCCAGGGUCAGGAAGCGGACAGUAACAUCUGUGCAGGUGUUGACUGGAAAAAUAAAGCAUUGAUUGGCUAGAA